CGGAAGGCAGCGUUGGCGUUGUGUCUCUUGUGUCGGUGUUUCUCUUCUUAUUCUACUCGUCUCGUCGUGGACUGUGAGAUUUGAUUUGCUUGAGCGUGAACUGAUUUAAGGGUGGCUUUGAUCCUAUUCUGUCAUCGUGAAAUUGAGAUCUGGUGUUGGCCUCCGUUACCCAAUCUCCCCCGUCUGCCAUUGUCUCUCUGAGCAAGCUUUGGGUCAGCAACAGCGCGUCCGCCAUUCCACUCAUUCUUUGGCUGAUCGGUCGAUCAACAGAAAAGAACAGAGCAGGGCAGAUUUCAGGAGCAGGAGCAGCCGGUAGUCUCGUGGUGUGGGAGUGAGAGAGCCCGAAGGAAGACAAGGGGAAGAGAAGAUGGAUCCCAUGAACAACAACAGCAAUCAGCACGCCCCACCGUACCCAUACCAGCACCAGAACAGCCAGCAGCAUUCAUCCGAGUAUUCAUCGUAUCCACAAGUCAAUCAACAGGAUGCAAACACUCGAUUUGGGACUCCCGUGAUGGGAGCUCCGGCAAAUCCCAGUGCUCAUCCUGAUAAUCAGCAUGCUGCAAUAGGAGGAAUGCAGAGCCAGAAUAGCGGGUUAUUUAGACAGCCUAGUGGAUCUUUCGAGGCCAAGCAAGCUCAAACUCAACCUGUUCGCACCACUUCUGGCACGCAGCCCUUGGGUCAAGCUCCUCAAAGCCCUUACGUCCAAUCAUCCACCACCGGCCAGAAAGGAACCAUGGACAAAAUUGUCGAACAGGUGAAUCAGAUUGGAAAGAAAGUCGAAGUUGUUGCUGGAAACGUCUGGGGCCAUUUGACAACAGGAUCUUCCGUUACAGACGCAGCCUGGGGAAGAGUGACUGCUGGCACAAGAAUUCUUACGGAGGGUGGAUUUGAAAAGGUCUUUAAGUCAACCUUUCCUGUCGAUGCGGAUGAGACUUUGAAAAAGACAUACGCUUGUUAUCUUUCAACAUCAACAGGACCCGUCGCUGGCACUCUCUACGUAUCCUCGAAAAAAUUUGCAUUCUGCAGUGACCGGCCUUUAUCAUACACACCCUCGCCAGGACAGCAGGCUUUCAGCUACUACAAGGUCGUUGUGCCUCUUGAUCGGGUUCAAAACGUGGUACCCUCCGUGAACCAAAACAAGCCUGCAGAGAAAUAUAUUCAGGUGAAUACUCAAGAUAAUUAUGAAUUCUGGUUCAUGGGUUUCGUGAACUAUGACAAGGGUGUGUCGAACAUGCAAGCAGCUGUGAGAGACCGUGGAACUGCGCCGAGCACGCAGACACCAGGAGGUCCCUACCAGCAACCUCCAAGCACACCAUCACCCGGCGGUCAUCAAGUCUACCCUCCCCCACCUCAAGGUCAUUAGCAUCUGAUUGUCGAUGCGAACUCUUGUACAAAUAUAGAACGGUUGUGUAGGUUCAGUCUCCUGUUUUGCCCAGAAAAUGCUAUGCCGUUAAUAGUCACGUAUGUAGUGUAGAGGUGUUGUCAUAGACGAGAACGUAGACUUAGAGUUGUGCCACUCUGAUUAUUUUUUAAAUGUGUUACGAAUUAUUCAAGAACAGCAUUGGGAUUAUGCUAUCAGUUAUAAAGUGAAAUCUGCCUCAGCACGGUCUCAAAAGAACCAUCUCCACUCGAAGACCUGUUAUCUCUUCGUUUGCAGUUUCUAAACCCGUGGAGAGUGUCAGCUUGAAUUACUUGUAUAGUAUAAUAGACGGGUGCAUCACCUGUUUCCCACACGUUUUCACUUUUGAAAUAUGAUCUGAGUAUUGUUGUCGAAUGGGGUCUAGUACUAGCUCCAUUUUGGGCCUCUAGCUACGAUCGUGUUGUGUCAGUGAGGUGUUGCACAGAAGUAGUUUUGGAAUUGAAAGUUGUCUGCAGAUUGCCAAGUGUAUUGUAAUGUACAUCCUAGAUUCUCAUGUGCAAUGCUUCUGAAGGGAGGGUUGUCCCCCCUCCUAGUUUGUAGUACUUUAGAGUAAAGAAUGCCGCAUGUGGACUAGAGAGGUCGGAAAUCGAAGGCGCCUCGACAAUAGUCGUUUUUUCACUCAAAAGUAAGCAGAAUCUUACAACCGGAUGUAACUCUGGAACAAAAUAUUAAGCACC